AUGGCGAAAGCCGGACGGGAACCCUGGCAGGCGGCGGCCCCGCGGCGCUCGCGACGCUCGCGGCCGAAGGUGCGAGAGGCCGAGGCGACCCGCGAGGCGGACGCGGACGUCGCGGGGGUUCUGCGGCGUCUGCGGGACGCCGGGGAAGACCUGCUUCUCUCUGAUUUCUGGAGCACCGCACUAGAAACCAUCAACAGCUGUCUUUCGAAACAUCUGGAGCAGCUGAGUACCCACAUGGUGCCUCUUUCAGAAGCCCUUGGCAACCUGAGCCUCAAUACCACCUCCGACUCCCUCCCAGAAACAUAUCCAGCCCACAGGCCCCUCAAGUGUGUGUGUUACGGCCUUGGGAACUUCUCCACCUGCGUCAUAGCCAGGCACCAGCUAGCGUUUUUGCGUCUCUUUCUGGAGAAGUACCAGAUUCCUCCAAGUCACUGCUACGUGUAUGACCCACUGUUCAGCCCGUGUGAGAUCGAAGCUCUUCAAUCCCUGGGCCUGACUGUUCUUAGUGAAAACGAGGAAGGGAAGCGGAGUGUUUCGGGGGGAGCUGACCCUCUUCUACAUGCCGCACUGGUGGCACAGCCCUGUACAACCAACCUCCUGUGGAGGAACUGGUCAUACACGCCCUCUUGUCAGAUGCUCAUCAUUGGGAACAGCUUUAGGGGACUCGAGGACAGGUUGUUGACAAGAGUUCUACAGAAGAAUUAUCCCUACAUUGCUAAGAUCUUAAAAGGGCUGGAGGAGCUCGCAUUUCCAGAGACGUCCCAGUACUCGGACACACAUUCAACGACACGUCCAUACCACUGGUUCCCUGUCUCUAAGAUCAGGCAACUGCCCACAGACACUUGGACGUAUCGGGAAGAGCCCGACUAUGGGGACUGCGAGGACCUGGAAAUCAUCAGGAAGAAGCCAUCAGGCCCAUUGGCUCCCAGUGCGAACCCACUGUGAUGGGCUGGGCGUUGGCUAAGGCCUGGAGAGAAGUGGGCCUCGGG